AGUGGAGAAGAACUGGUCAGAAGGCUGCAAAGCUCCUGUCCCUUGAGAUUUCCUUCUUUAGAUCAUUAGUCGCAUUGAAAACCUCCCUUGAAUAUAGGGAGCAGAAACCGAGGAAAAGGCUGGAACUAUUUUAUUUUGCUGGAACAUAGUGGGGAAAGGGAAAUUCCUGGGUCAUACGCUGGCCUGAAAAUGUCUGUCCAGUUUUCUCCGCAGGCACCCUGGAGGAACAACAACGUCAGUUUUCUGAGCAGAGAGGCAGCUGUAACAGAGCAAGGAGAAACUAUCAUAGGUUUCUACCUACUGGCUUUAGGUUGGCUGUCUUGGUUUGGAAACAGCAUUGUGAUUUUUGUGCUGUAUAAACAAAGACAUCUUCUGCAGCCCACCGACUACCUCACAUUUAACUUGGCGGUAUCAGACGCUAGUAUCUCCGUGUUCGGUUAUUCAAGGGGGAUCAUUGAAAUUUUCAAUGUCUUCAGAGAUGAUGGAUUCAUUAUCACAUCAAUAUGGACCUGCCAGGUUGAUGGCUUCCUGACACUUCUUUUUGGCCUGGCUAGCAUUAAUACCCUUACAGUAAUCAGUGUGACUCGCUACAUAAAAGGCUGCCAUCCUGAGAAAGGUCACUGCAUCAGCAACAGCAGUAUGACGGUGUCUCUGGUUCUCAUUUGGAUAGCAGCUUUCUUCUGGUCAGCAGCUCCAUUGUUUGGCUGGGGCAGUUACACAGAUCGUAUGUAUGGCACAUGUGAGAUAGACUGGGCAAAAGCCAACUUCUCUACAAUCUACAAGUCCUACAUUGUCUCCAUAUUUAUCUGCUGUUUUUUCCUACCUGUCACAGUCAUGGUCUUCUCAUAUGUGUCAAUUAUCAAUACCGUCAAGCUAAGCCAUGCAUUAACAGGACUGGGUGACCCCACAGACAGACAGAGGAGAAUGGAGCGGGAUGUCACCAGGGUUUCUAUUGUCAUUUGCACAGCCUUCAUCAUUGCAUGGUCACCAUAUGCUGUCAUCUCUAUAUGGUCUGCCUAUGGUCACCCUGUGCCCAAUCUUACCAGCAUCCUUGCCAGUUUGUUUGCUAAGUCUGCCAGCUUCUACAAUCCCAUUAUCUACUUUGGAAUGAGCUCCAAAUUUCGGAGGGACAUUUUCAUCUUGUUCCAUUGUGCCAAGGAAGUCAAGGACCCUGUGAAACUCAAACGUUUCAAAAACCUCAAGCAGAGACAAGAGCCUGCUCAGAAAGAAGAGAAGUAUGCACAAGAAAUGCACCCUGCACCAAGCCCUGAUUCUGGGGUGGGAAGUCCCACAAAUACCCCACCUCCAGCAAACAGGGAAGUGUAUUUUGGUAUUCUUGAUACACCAUCUAAUAACCCUGAUAUUGAAUGUGAUAGACUCUGAGUUUUGGGGCCACUUAACAUGUAUACUCACUUCGUAUUCAGGAAGAACCUCUUAAGAUCAGUGCUUGAGCAAUUUCCUAAUUUCCAGUCCAUCUGUUUCUUGCUAUAGCACAGAUGAAUGUACAACUCAAGCAAAUCAGACAGUAAAGUGGUAUUUUUCUUCUAUGUAGGUACAAAAAGCUAUGAAGCACAUUACAAUGUGGGCAGCACACCCAGUGCCAGAAACAUUUGGUUUUCAUAUGCAUGCAGGAAGGGGAACACUGACUUGUGAAGAGCAGGCAUUAGCAGCAAAAAUAACUAAUAUGUUCCCAUCCAAAUUUUCUUAAUUAGGAGUUACACCUCCAAAUAUUGGUUUUGCUCUUCAACAGUCCCAGCCACAGAGGAUCAUUUUAGUUCUGUGGUGCUGCACAGCCCAGGUUGUAGAAGAUCAGCCCUGCUGAGAUUGCUGCGGAGCUGCUGCAGCUCCAGCAGCUGUGAGCUGGUAGGCAAAGCAGUAUGGUCCCUGCAGGGCUCUAAGACACACCUGCCGUGGUGCUCCCAGGCUCUGUGCCUGCAUGGGUGUGUGUCUGAUCAUCUGUGCCUGACUCUGCGUGUGUCUAUGCAGGUGCUAGAGGUUGUAGAUCUUGGCAUUUGCUUGUCACUGUAAUUUGAAUAGGGGCUUCUUACUUUUUCUUUUUGGUCUGCAGAAUUAUUUCCACCUUCCCUGACCUUCCCAGUGAGCAAAGCCUGGCUGUCACAUUCAGAUUUGGGACAGCUGGCCUUUAAUUUUACUGAUCUGUCUCCAAACUGCUUGGUUUUUUACCUGAUUACUGAGGUGGAGCAAGGGAUGUACAGGGAAUGAAAUAAAGAUGACGCUAAGAUUUUAAGAGUACUGAUGAAAUGUGGCAUCAGAGCUAUUUAGAAAAUACAAUCCAACUUCACUGCUGCUUAUGAAGAAAGUUUUUGUAGCUCCCUGUGGAUAAAAAAUGACUUUUAGAUAAACAUAACUAAGUAGCAAUUAAGGAUAAUGAUUUUUGUAGCAGAACUGUAGAAUUAAAUCAGUAGCAAGACCAUCAGAUAUUAUAAUAUCCAACUAUUCCAUCACAGUUAUUUUACAGAUUCAAAGUGAGGAAGCAUAUCUUCAUAAUUCUGCAUCUUGGAAAUUAACUGCAACCUCAGAGACUCUGGUAAAAAUGUCUCUGUAUUAGCCUUGGGAAUAGUGGGUUCAUUUAGUGACAUUUACAAAUUAAACAAGGGGCAAAAAGAGAAGGAAAACACCUCCCAGACAUUGGUUGCUAGCCUCACUGCUACUUAUGACUCUUCAGAAUCUCACUGUUCUGGUGUAUUAAAAUGUAGUUGUUUUGCAAAAAUAUGCUUUUCCAAAUGUGUUUCUUGGUUAAGUUACAAAAAAAGAGCCCGCCUUCAUUUCCCCCAUUACUCUAUUUGUUUUGAGAAAAUCACCUGUGUUUUGAAGUUAAAAACAAAUAAACAUUAUA